AUGUCAUUGACGAAAAACGAUCCGAUUGAAAAAUCAAUUCAUACUCAGUUCAUCAAUGAAAUCUAUUUUUAUAUCGGUGUGAGCAUUUCUAUUCUAAUUCUAAUUUAUACUUCCAUUAAAAUAAUCAAAAAAUGCCAGAAAAAAGAACGAAGUAUUCAAUUAGCAACACCGAUGAUAGCAGUCGCUACAAUUCGAAGAAAUUCAUGCACACGACAGUCAUUAGCACCAAUUCGUCGAUCAAGUCUCAAUGUUCAGUUUCUUAUGGAAUCACGAACACGACGUCUGUGUCAAUCACGUCCAAGUGUAAUGUUGGAUUGUAAAGUUUAA